AAUAAUACGUGACUGGACCUAGUCGGUUCGUUUACGUGACAUGGCGCGUAAAUGUGACGUUGUCAGAGUACGUCAUUGUGCUUGAAGACAGCAGACCAGAAGAAUCAAAACAAUGAGAUGUACAUGAUCUGACUGAACUGACGUGAUCUGCUGGCCGCUCCGCCUCCUCUACAGUAAUGUGUUGUCAAUAAAAAUGGGAGGCAGCGGAUCCAAAACCAAAGGAGUCUGGCCUUUUAGCAGCUCAGGAGCCGGAGGAGAAGCUCCCGGUGAGGUCAACGAACAGUGUUUAGCACGUCUACGAGGCUCCAAAAACACACCAUUUGUCUUUACAAGGAGAAGUUCCUUGUAUUUUGAUGAAGAUGGAGAUCUGGCUCAUGAAUUUUACGAGGAGACUGUGGUGACCAAGAACGGCAGAAAGAAAGCUAAAUUGAAGAGAAUUCAGAAAAACCUUAUACCUCAGGGAAUCAUUAAGUUGGAUCACCCACGAAUCCACGUCGACUUCCCUGUCAUCCUGUGUGAAAUAUAAGCUCACAGACUCUGUGGGAAGUGUCAUGACUCUAGGAGCGUCACAAUCACCCUAGACUUCCUUCCACCUUCGGUGUUCUUCUGAGAGGAUUCUGUUACGACAGCGAGGGUGUUCUGCCCUUCACGUGGCUUUGACCAAAAACAUGAAUCAUAUUUUCUGAUUUGUAUUUUGGUGUAUAGACAGCAGACAUACGGUGUCUUGUCUUCUGUGAUGUACAGUAAGGAAUGCAUGCGUGAUGAGAGCGUGUAAGUAUGGAGCCUAAAGCAGUGCAGGGAUUGUACAGAAAUCACUCAUGUUUGUUGAUGUCGACCAACUGCAGUGUGUGUUUAUCGUCGUAUUGUAUAUUAUAAUAUUCUGUUGAAUCAAAGUCUGACUCUGUUUGUUGGGUUGCAACCCACAUCUGCACUUUUUUCUCAUUUAUUGUACAGUAAAUUAUGAGUUGAUAUACUUGAAUAAAACAGUUUAGCAGAUUACAUUAUUAUUAGUAAUUAUUUAGUAAUUUAUUAUUAAUUAUGUAAGACAGUCACAGUCCAUUUUACAUCCAUAAUGUUAAGGUGAAACAAAAUAUUCAGUGAGAAAAGAUAGUGCUGAAAAAAAAAAAUUGGAGACUGAGAAAUUUAUCUGCACCAUAUCAGUUAUUAGUCGAUAUUAGAAUAUUUGAAUGCAUCUGUAUCAGCUGAUAUUGGAUAUUUAAUUGUGGAUAUUUAACACUGUUAAAUAUAAUCUUUAGCAAAUUUCAAAAUAAAUAUCUAUUUUUUCAAACGGUACAUAGUGUUGUGACCAGUGGUGUUUUAGUAUCACUGAUAUACUAUUGCAGUUUUUGAUCAUGUUUUUAAUUCGAUUUCAUUUUCAUAUUUUCUGUUUUCAUUUUAAUUUUAGUUAAAAGUUUUAGUGCUUUUGUCUUUGUCAUUUUUAUUACU